GAAAUAACAAGUAAAUGCCAAAAACUCCCGAGUCUGAACUCUGAUUGUCGCAGAGAAUGUGUGUGAGUGAUAUGGUUGAGUCGGUAGUCGGCGAUGUAGAAGCAGAGGCUGCGGAGGAUUUGGUGCUUAUUGGCUCGUACGAGACGCCAAUUCGACUUGUUCGUGACUCGGCGGAGGAGAUACUGCUGCUGUGGGCAAUUCAACAGCCCACCCUCUGCAAGCAGAAUGCCUUCGUCCGCCAAUCGUCACUGCUCCUCGAUAUCGAGGCAUGUGGCCAUCGCCUCACCAUCUUUCAGUCUCCUUCCUCCAUGAGCACACCUGGAGUAACUGGAGCAGUAAUGUGGGACAGUGGAGUUGUUUUGGGGAAGUUCCUAGAGCAUGCAGUGGACUCGGGGAGGCUUGUUCUUCAGGGCAAAAAGGUGGUCGAAUUGGGCUCAGGCUGUGGAUUAGUUGGUUGCAUUGCAGCUAUGCUGGGCGGUCAAGUUACUCUUACUGAUCUGCCUGAUCGGCUGAGGCUUCUAAGGAAGAAUGUUGAAGCUAAUGUAAUAGACAGGGAUGUACGAGGAUCUGCAACAGUAAGUGAGCUCAUAUGGGGGGAUGACCCUGAUUCUGAAUUAAUUGAGCCUCUGCCUGAUUAUGUACUUGGUUCAGAUGUAAUUUAUAGUGAAGGGGCGGUUGCAGAUCUGUUGGUAACACUGCGGAAACUUUGUGGAGCCCAGACAACAAUUUUAUUGGUGGGAGAGCUCCGAAAUGAUGCUAUUCUUGAAUACUUCUUGGAUGCUGCAAUGAAGGAUUUCAUAAUUGGGCAUGUGGAUCCAACACAGUGGCAUCCAGAUUAUCACAGCAGUCGAGUUGUGAUUCUUGUUUUAGUAAAAAAAAACAGUGGAAACGAGGUUGAAGACUAGAUAUUUGAAUUUCAUCAUGAAGAAAUUAGCUAUAAUCGGGAAAGGAAGAUGAGGAGAGCCUGCCUUGUUCCUAACAUUCUAUUGAUGGGAAAUGCGGCAUUCCAUUUGAAGUUUGAACGGUCCUACCAAGUUGAUAUGAUUCUGCCGAGGCGCAACCACAUUCUCCUUAAUGUGUCCAGAUGAUAUUGUCAAAUUUGAGGGCUCACCUACAAGACUAACUAUCGUAAUGGACUAAUGGGUUUUUCAGUUUUCACAAUUCAAAAAAGAAAUUUUGGGCCCUGUCAAGUUUUGGUUACCAAAAAAAUAAAAGAAUGUUGCAAGAAGCACGAGCAAUUUUGUACAAGAAGGUGGCUUUUGUGGUAAGAUGGGUUUUGGGUUUUCUAGGAACAGAAACAUCCUAGUGAAGCAAUUACAUAUACCAGAGUUUUCCAACACUUGGAAAAGAACCCCAAGGCAUAUAAAGUUAUCCGUACUCUCCCCUCAGUUUCUCAGUUUAUACAGAACUUCUACAAGUCAUAUGCACUUCCACUGGUGAAUAAAAUGAUUGUAGGUUGAAAGGUUCUGAGUAGGUUUUCAUGGGUUUUCCCACCAUCCAUUUUCAUGUCUGCAUUUGUGUUACAAGCGUCUUCAUGCUGAACCCUUGUCGUAAAGGGUCGUUAUUAAACCCCUUUUGGUUGCCUUUGGGUAUAAUUAUUAGCUGGGAGUGGGGUUUGGUUUUGCAAUUGCCAGAUGUUAUUUUAUCCAUCUCUAUGCACUUACAAACUUGAAAGGUUACCAUGUCUCAUCCACUGGUAGAAAAUGAGAAACUAAGGCAUUCUUCAUGUUUUUGAUCAA